GAGACGGCAACGAGGCGCGAGCAACCCGAGCCUGCACAAACCGUAACGGAGAAACGCCGAGCGGCCAGCGUGAGAGGGAGCGUGUGUUUAAGGGAGAGAGUGAGAGAGAGAGACGUAGCAUCGCACGGGGUCGGAUUAGACAAGAGCUGUUCUCUGUUUGACAUUUGGAGCCACGCAUGCUGAGAAUUACGCACGGGAGAUGGGCUUGUGACAGCGAACCAAUCCUUUUUCUUUUUUGUGAUAAACGACCCGACAUGUUUUAAAUUAUUCUGCAUCUCAACUGGCGGCAUCACACUCUCAGAGACACUUAACACUGCCUACUUUGGAACCGUUUUGGAAUUAAAAACAAUCAUUAAUAUUUUGUGCCGGGCCGAAUUGAUUUGUGCGAGAAUGGGGACGACGAGGUUAUGCGUGCUACAGAGUGAUUGCAAGGCACCGCAUUUCGCACCUGCUCUCUAACCCUCGCCCCCCCCCCCCCCCCCCCCAAGACCCUGACGUCUACACUGUAACGGAGUGGACUGCCCAAGAAGAUUUGACCGAGUCAGCCGUCUAGCCUCCCGCGUGAGUCACCGCGAACAAAUAUUUAGACACCGGCUCUUACGCACUACACGCUUUUCCAAAGUCCCCACAAACACAAACACAGCUCAACUCAACUCAACCGGCGGGAUAAUACGAGCCCUGAAGCACAGCGCACCGUCAACCACGGUACCGGACCGGACAGGACCGCACCAAGGCUCGCGCAGACCGGGGUGUUGGAUAUCGACCUGCUAAAUGCCCAGCCGGUCGCACGCGGCUCCACAGGCUGGGCGGCGAAAUGAGCUCGUGGGUCGUCCGACUCCUGCUACUGCUGGGUGCGCUCGCGGCGGCACAUGUGCGGCUCGGCAGCUCUGAGGGCGACCCCCUACCCAGCUACCUGGUGGAGCUGGUGUGGAACAGCCCCAUCGCCUCCAUCGACGACCUCAGGCAUCUGUUUAGGCUAGAGGCCGGAGAACUCACAGAGGGGGAGGAAGAAGAGCAGGACACAUCUGACCAUCACCCUGGGAGAUUCACCAGGAGUCUGAAUGAGGCCCCGAAGGCGAUCAUAGCGGAGUGCAAGGUGCGGACGGAGGUGCAGGAAGUGACCCGGGCCAUGCACGACAUCAGCAACGCCCACUUCAUGCUGUGGCCGCCGUGUGUGGAGGUGCAGCGCUGCUCUGGCUGCUGCAACUCCCAGAUAAUGCACUGUGUCCCAACCAUCACGAGCACCAGAGACCUUGAGGUGGUAAAGAUCCAGUACCUGAACUCAAAGCCUCAGAUUGGGAAGGCCAUCGUCUCCGUGGAGGACCACCUGAGCUGCAGGUGCGAGCAAAGGGCCCACCCCCGUGCCAUCCUGCCCCCCAGCCAGCCCCAGCCCCAGCCCUUGCCCCAGCCCCAGCCCUUGCCCCAGCCCUACCCCCAGCCCUACCCCCAGCCCUACCCCCAGCCCUACCCCCAGCCCCAUGCCACGCCCCCCAAGAGCUCCACCUCCAAGGCCGAGCUCCAUCGUCACGACGACCAGAAGCACAACCAGCAGCAGUUCCAGACGGCGGAGGAGCGUGAGCCCCCGGCCACCCGCCAGUGGCCCCAGGGGGGCUACACCCAGCUGGCCCGCUGGACCCCCGGCCCGGGGGACCACCACGCACCCCCGCUCUACACCCUGGCAGCAGGGGCCGCCGUCACGCGGCCCGUCACCGAAGGGGCCGGAGGCGGCCUGGUGUGGGCGGGGGCCCGAGCGUUGGGCCCCCAUGGCUCCAAGGACAUAGGGCCCCCUCCGGGCAGCGGCUCCGAGGGGGGGGCCCAGGACGCUGCUGGAUCGCAGCAUCAGCAGCCCCUGGCACCCAGGCACCACAACCACCCCCCCCACCACCCCCACCGCCCCCAGUACCCCCAGUACGGCCAGAGGCCUGAUGCCAGCACGCAGUACAGGCUCAACUCCUUCCAGGGGGACUCCGCCUCCACGCCGCCCAGCAGCGCCACGUGGCCGGCCAAUCACAGGCCAGAAUGGAACCCCACCCCCUCAACGGCCAGCACCAAUCAGAAGGAGCCGGCCUUACAGGUGGCCAGUGGGGAACACGUCAGGGUCGACAAUGACCGACAGACAGAGACUGGUUCGGCCAAUCAUAGUAAAGGAUCUGACAAGGAGGAAAGCGGGUCGACCAAUAGCGGGGAGGGUGUCGUGGUUCCAGCCAAUCGGCGACAGGAUAAGGACUCUGGAGUGAUGGAUGGGGGGCCUGCUCUCAGCGAGGAGGAGAGGCGACAGAAGCUUCUUGAGAUUGUACAAAGAGAACCACACCCUCCUCACCCUCACCCCGCAGACCACCUUCCCCAGCACAGACCAAAGCCCACCGCGUCUAAAGCAGUGGUCUCCCUGGAGGGUCCGACCCGCCGGCCCCCGUCCACCGCCGCGCGGACCCCUAGGAGGCCGGCCGCGCCCCGGCGCAGGAGGAAGCACCGCAACCGCAACCGCAUCAGCAAGAAGGCCAUGCGGGCCAUCAUCAUGUAGACGGAAGCCAAAGUGAAGCGACUGUGAGGAUGAGCCAAUAACAACUGGAACACUGGACUUUUGGGGGAUCCUUCUGCAGAAGGCUCUACAACUCUAGAAGAUGACACCAUUUUGGUUCAAACUGAACCUGCAACUGGAACUUUAACUUCUACUGAACUUUUAAUGUGCAAUCAUACUGACUCUUUGUGAACAGAGCAUACUUGUUAGAUUAUGAAUAAUAAUAAUAAUAAGGAUAAUAAUAACACACUUGAGACUGGCCUAUACAUUAUAUGAACCAUGAAUCUAGCGAAUAGGUGCCCUGAUAGCCCCCCUUGUCCCUUACCUGGAAUCCUGAAUGGAUUGGACAGCCGGGUGGCUGAAUGUUCUCCCGCGUCGACGCACAGCCAUUGAUUGGCUGUGCCCGACUUGUUUGACUACUGAUUGGGCGUCGAAGGAACGAAGAGCUUCCUGGCUUUGUUGCUGGGAGUUAUCUUCAAACAGAGCUGCUGUAGCAACCCUACCGCUGGACCAGACACUGUUGUGUGGGAAAAAGAAACAAGAGAAAAAGAAAAAAUAACAAUUAGCCAAGAAGAAUUAGACACUGGGCGGCCUGCUGAAAGAGAAACACACCGCCCCAACGCCAAAACCGUUGACUGCUAAACUCUUCGUUACUCUAGAUCCAACCAUAACACUGGAGUGACAUACACUGAUCCUGUGCUGUUGACCUAUUUAACCCAAACCUAGUGUGUAAUCUCCAGAAGUACUGCCCCUGUGGAACGCUUGUGCAGCCAUUAAUACCCGCCUGGUCCCGGUGACCGGGCCGCCAUAGUAAUGCCCCCCCCCCCCCCCCCUCUCCGCGUAGGGAAGAGCGCUUCGCAAAGUAAAACGACAAAAGAGUCUUUAUUUCUUAACUUAUUUUAAAACAAUGGAGGAUGCUGCAUCUUCCUCGUUCUUAAGUGUAAUUAUUGGUGCCGCAGUUUGUUUUAAUGAUUAUUGAUCACUGGUUGUACACUGUUACUGUCAUGAAUGUUAUUUUUAAUAUAAAGACCAAACGGUAAAGUACAUGCUGUCGGUUUCUGCCCCUCCCUCCCCGAGUGUGAUCUGUGUGGGUUGAUUAACUAGCAUUACUUCAAAUAUGCGUCACAAAAUGUCUGUACGUGUGGUAUGUGUGUGUCAAGCUGGGAAACAUGUGUGCGUGCCUGUGCAUGCUUUGAAGGAAUGUGUGUGUGCGUUUGCGUCCUUGUGAGUGUGUGUGUGUGUGUGUGUGUGUGUGUGUGUGUGUUUUUAUAGCAUGGAUUCACAUGUAUAUAGGUGUUUAUGCAUCUGUUUGUGUGUGUGUAUGUUUGUGUGUGUGCUUUUACAUCCAUCCAUGAAUAGGGAUGGGAAUUGAUAAGAAUUUCACGAUUCCGAUUCCGAUUCCGAUUCUGCUUAUCGAUCCGAUUCCUUAUCGAUUCUCUUAUCGAUUCUCAUUGGGUGAGAAAAUAAGUAUAAAUGUGUUUGUUUGUAUUAAAUCUCUUUAAUAUCUGAUCAGAAGUGCUUCUAGUAUUAGGAAAUUGUACAUUUUCAAAUCAAUUGGUCUAGACGAAAAAAUAUAUGUUUGGCUUUUUAAGCCCAAAUGCCAUCAUUAUGUGCCAUACAACUAAAAACACAGACUGAAAACAGCCAAGUAAGAGCUUGUGCCUUUUGGAAUGCUAACAGUGCUCAUUUGCAUUCAACUUGUAACAAAAUUCAACUGACAUAAACAAAAUGAAGCAUUGAUUAGACAGAGAUUUAUUAGAUGAGCCUACCUAAUAAGCCGUUGGAACACACAAGACCGAAAACCAUAGCAAUGCCGGUAAACAAACCCAGAGAAGCCCACCCCUAUGAGAGCUCCCCACGCUACGGCCAUCCGGAGGCGACAGAGCUGUUGGCCGUGAUAUUAUAUAUACAAUUAUAAUAUAUUAUAGACUAUUAUAUAUAGAGCUCCGGGAGUCGCAAACUGCAACAAUCACUUUCUCCUCCAUGCCGGUUUUCACCCCGGACUGCACUG